AAUUAAAAAAAUGACAAGUGAAGUAAAGAAGUUGAGGAAGUUUGUGCGGUGAUGUUCGUGUUUCGGGUGGUAUUUAAUUAACAACGAAUUAUACUGAACAUUUUCCUAUUAUUUCAUUCUUAACUCGUUAUUAAUCUAUCACAAUGGCGAUGCAACCGCAUAGUAAGAAAAGAGUGUGCUACUACUAUGACAGUGACAUCGGGAACUAUUAUUACGGUCAGGGACAUCCUAUGAAACCGCACCGUAUACGCAUGACUCAUAAUUUACUAUUAAAUUAUGGAUUGUACCGGAAAAUGGAGAUAUAUAGACCCCAUAAAGCAACCGCUGAUGAGAUGACAAAAUUCCAUUCUGAUGAUUAUAUUCGCUUCUUACGAUCAAUCAGGCCAGAUAAUAUGUCCGAGUAUAACAAACAGAUGCAAAGAUUCAAUGUCGGUGAAGAUUGUCCAGUGUUUGAUGGUCUCUAUGUUUGUCAGCUGUCUGCAGGUGGAUCAGUGGCUGCAGCUGUGAAAUUAAAUAAACAGGCUUCUGAGAUUUGUAUCAAUUGGGGAGGAGGACUUCACCAUGCCAAAAAAUCAGAAGCCUCAGGCUUCUGUUACGUUAAUGACAUAGUACUUGGAAUCUUAGAGUUGCUGAAGUACCACCAGAGGGUGUUGUACAUUGAUAUUGAUGUCCACCAUGGUGAUGGGGUUGAGGAAGCCUUCUACACCACUGAUAGAGUUAUGACAGUGUCUUUCCAUAAAUAUGGAGAGUACUUCCCUGGAACUGGCGACUUACGUGAUAUUGGUGCUGGAAAAGGCAAGUACUACGCAGUAAACAUACCCCUGCGCGAUGGAAUGGACGACGACUCUUAUGAAUCCAUCUUCGUGCCUAUCAUAUCAAAAGUCAUGGAGACUUUCCAGCCCAGUGCGGUUGUCCUGCAGUGUGGAGCUGAUUCACUGACAGGUGACAGGUUAGGUUGUUUCAAUCUUACUGUUCGAGGUCAUGGCCGAUGUGUUGAGUUAGUGAAGAGGUUUGGCCUACCCUUCUUGCUAGUUGGAGGCGGAGGUUACACAAUUCGUAAUGUGUCACGUUGUUGGACCUAUGAAACAUCAGUGGCCCUUGGGGUCGAAAUAGCUAAUGAGUUGCCUUACAAUGAUUACUUUGAAUACUUCGGGCCUGACUUCAAGCUACAUUUCACCAGCAAUAUGUCUAAUCAAAAUACACAGGAGUAUUUAGAAAAAAUUAAAAAUAGGCUCUUUGAGAAUCUGAGAAUGUUACCACAUGCACCUGGUGUUCAGGUACAAGCUAUUCCUGAAGAUGCUGUAAAUGAUGAAUCUGAAGAUGAAGACAAAGUUGACAAAGAUGAAAGACUGCCACAAAGUGAUAAAGACAAGCGCAUCACGGGAGACGGCGAGUUAUCGGACUCAGAAGAUGAGGGAGAGGGAGGCCGCCGCGACAACCGCUCCUACCGGACGCCGCAGCCGCGCAAGCGACCGCGCCUCGAUAAGGACGGCUCGCAGAUCAAGGAUGAAAUCAAAUCUGAAGACACAAAAGACGACGUCAAAAACUUAAGCAGUGUUGAAGAGCCAAAGAAAGAAAUACCUCCGAAUCCCUGAUGUACGCGAUAGACACCGCGUAGGUUGUAAAAGUUCAGCAUUGGUCUUUGUAAUAACACUAGGUAAAAGUGUUACCACAUUCAAGCUGAAACCAUACACUCACGGUGUUUAUGCAAAAUAAGAAAUAUAUUUUAUAUACACAAUAUUGUACGAAACAGGAUUUUGUAAGUAGAUUUCAUUCAGAUCUCAAUUUUCUGACAUGUACUGUCUUUCAUCACAAACAGGCUGGCCACAUUCAUAUUGCUCAUACAAAAGCUAAGGCUUUAGUUCUGACUAAUGUAAUAUUCUUCGGCGUUAACACAUUUUUGUUAAAAAUUAAUUACAUACUAUUUUCCAUCAAUUACAAAUCUUUCUUGUAAGUUCGAAUGUUUUACCUUAGUACUCUUUGCUAGUAUUUAGACUUAUGAAAUGUCAAAAGCAAUCUAGUAAAGCCUUCUAUGCUAUAUCGUUGGGAUUAUAGAAAGGAGCUACAAUUUUACAGUGGCUAGUUUGUUAGUUUUGAUCGAAUCACCUCUUGAAAUUUCAUGUGAUGGUCACUCACCAUCUUUAGAUAAUGAUAUUACUAAGGGAUGGCUAACUCUGCAAAGUCAACUUGUAGUGUUAUAUAUCUAAUAAAUGUUGCUACCAUUUUAUCAGGCUAGUUACUGUGUAU